AGGACUGAAACGCUUGGGCUACCUCACCGAGAUGGAUGCGCCAUUUCCCACAACCAAGUCACUGGCGCUUUUCUUCCACGUGAACGAACUCAAGGACUCGCUACGGCUGUACCCGUGGAGUCUGGGUGCCUUUGAGGCCUUGCCCUUCUUGCCGACCGGGCGACCACUGGGCGCAUUGCGGCUGAACUUCUACGAGGCAGUAUCUGGUCACAAGCGAGCAGCGAAUCCUUGGCAUGUUGAGGAGAUCACUCCUGGACUUGCCGCACGGGUUCUCAAAUGGCUUGGAUACGAGGUGGACGACCUGGAGGCAUUCUGGCGCCGAAACCGCAAAGCGCUCAGGAGCAAUUUGAAGAAGUCCAAGCUGGAAGUGUUGGCCCCGGAGGCGGCUGAGGAGAAGCUCGACUUUCUGGAUGCCGUUUUUUCAGAUGCAUCGGUUCGACAACAAUGGCGCCGGCCACCGGAGGAAGCGGAGAUCCAACUCUGGCUUUCGCGGAACAGGUAUCUCAAGGCUCGCGCAAGCCAAGCCGAGGUUCAAGAAGCUUUGCGCCGAUUGCUGGAAGAGAAAGGGCUUUCGGCCCCAAGAUCGUAUGCCAUGAUGCUGUGCUUGGGACAAGAGGCGAUCAUGAGCCGCGGUCGAAAGGACCCGCUGUCGAGAGAGCCUGACCCCAAAAGAACGAGCUGCGAGCGCGAGAAG